AUGGGGGACGCCCUGGAGCAGCUUUCAUUUCGAGUGGCCAUACUUCGCAAUACCAAUCUCAGCCACAACAGCAUCCCCUGCACCGGAGCCCCCAUCAACAGCACCAGCAGCACCGGCAGCAGCACCACCAGGCAUCGCAGCAACAGCCCCAGCACUCACAAUCUCAACAACCGAGUCAGCCGAGCCACGGUCCAGCACGGCGUUGUACGUGACUUGCAACAGCAGCCAGUUAUGAUUCCAACGCCUAUGGUGCCACCGCAGCUGCCUCCUCAUUUCAGUUCCACUUCACUCCCGUUGCCGUACCCUGGAGACCGGCAUGGUGUGAAAAGGCGGCGAGCGGACGAUGGGCGAAGCGGAGGGAGUGAUGAGACGGCUUCUGGGAUCGGACUUUCCAUGCUUCCAGAAUCAUCUCAUGCUGACGAGCAACACUCCUCCGAAAUGCUUUUACCUACUCCGGGAGAUCAUUCAUCUCACCACCCACAUGCUCUACAACAUGAUUAUCACCAGACAUCCCCGAUUCAUCAACAACAUCACCAUCACCGACUACCGUCCCAGGCUACCCUAGCGGCAGUUCAGGGUAGUGAUGGUGAACUCACUUCCCCCGGUGGAGGCACCGGCUCACAAAGCGUCGUUGGCCAGCCGGGCAUGCCGGACCCUGCGCCUCGCCCCAGGGGCCCAAAAUUGAAAUUCACACCGGAAGACGACAGUUUACUCGUGGAGCUGAAGGAAAAUCGGAACCUGACCUGGAAGCAAAUUGCAGAGUUCUUCCCAGGUCGGACCAGCGGGACCCUGCAAGUACGAUAUUGCACCAAACUGCGGGCAAAAGCAACAGUUUGGACAGACGAAGCAGUGCAACGCCUGCGUAACGCUAUUCAAGAUUACGAAAACGAUCGCUGGCGUAUCGUUGCUACGAAGGUCGGCAGCGGAUUUUCUCCCGCAGCCUGUCGAGAAAAAGCUGCAGAAAUCCACCCCUCAAAUCCCCCACCAAUCUAA